AUGGCGUCCCAGACAUCGACUUAUUCGUCGUCUUCAAUCAGGUCGAUUUCUUACAAACGUCUCAGCUCAAGGAUACCCGAGAUUCGCCUACUUGAGAUUGCCCCGACCGGCCACCUCGAGAGGCCAAUUUCAUGUCGCCUAGUGAACGUGCCACUGAGCGAGAAACCAGUAUUUGUUGGUUUGUCCGUUUUGCUGGGCGAUUCCACCAUUGCAGAGAUCAUUCUCAUGAACCAUUCCAGAGUUCAUAUUCCCGCCACUCUGGCAGAGGCAAUUCGCCACGUGAGAACUGUCUUCAAUGAUGGUUCUGGGCCAUCAUCACGCCACUCGAUAUCGUCCAGCAUCAGCUCGACCCCAAAGCUGAGCCGCAACCUUGACGUCGCUUCUGUCAGCAGCAAGGAAUCGUACAGCUCCCGCCAGCCACUACGCCGCCUCUGUGAUCUUGUCAACUCUGGAAAGACCAACCCGCCCAAGCCUCAACCCUUGCGGAUCUGGACAGAUAGUUUAUGCAUCAAUGAGGAUGAUUCUCGAGAAGCAGGUGACAGGGCGAAAUUAAUGCAGGUUGCCUACCGUCGCGCUCGUACUGUUGUCGGCUGGCUCGGUCUCAAGCACGACAGCUCAGAAAUUCUUGUCGACACCCUGAAAACCAUAGAUCGUGCCAUGCCAGACGGGUUUGGUAGUCCAAAAGAUAAGGCAGAUCACCCAGAGAACUAUUCGCCGCACUCUUCCUGGAUGGCAGGGAUGAUGCAGCCUUGGCUGGUGGCGGAUGAGGUCAAUCAAUUGGACGACUGUCCAAUUCAUGAAGCCAUGAGAAACUUUAUGCUUCGACCUUAUUUCCAGAAUAGUUGGAUCGUGAGGGAAUUGGCAGGUGCCACCUUUCCUACCUUUUUGCUGGAAGACCGUAUCGUCAGCUGGGCUCAGGUUCUGCGCAUGAAUCGUGCAACGGAAGAGCUGGUAAACCACGGGACGGACUUGAUUCCCGACAAAUACAGAGAGCAGCUCAACCUCUUCUCACUAGACACCAUCUUUAUCUUUCUAGAUGCGUUUGAUGUUUAUUGUCGAGGCUCUUAG